CAUAGACUUCGUCUCUGACUCUCUGUAAUCGACAGUAAGCUCAGUAAUGGAGAUCGAAUCAGUAAUCGAGUUUCUAUCUUACGUUCCGUUAUUACAAAGGCUCCCAACUUCAUCAGUGCAUAAGAUUGCCCAACUUAUCCAGUUCAAACAUUACAAUUCAGGUGAGUAUGUUGGGCGAGAAGGAGAAAUUAAGUAUGGAAUUUACUUCAUCUGGCAGGGUGAGGUGGAAGUUCGCGGUGUGUCAGUUAAUGUGGAGAAUGAAGAUCAUUCAGAAAUUCAAUUGAAAAGAUAUGAUUACUUUGGUCAUGGGGCAGUAAGUUCCUCUCACGAGGCUGAUGUGAUUGCUUUAACUAAGCUAACCUGCUUGAUGUUGCCCAGUGAAUAUAGUACGUUGCUGCAGCCAAAAUCAAUCUGGGCAGCAGAAGAUGAGGGACUCUCAAUGGUGGAACGUGUACUGCAGUUGGAACCAAUUGAUGUAAAUAUAUUCCGGGGAUUCACAUUGCCUGAAGCUCCAACGUUUGCACAGGUUUUUGGGGGACAGUUGAUUGCACAGUCACUGGCUGCCGCGACAAAGACUGUUGAUUGUGGAAAAUUUGUACAUAGUUUGCACAGUUAUUUCUUACUUGUUGGGAAUCUAAACAUACCAGUUAUAUAUGAGGUUCAUCGAUUGCGUGAUGGGAAUAGCUUCGCUACCCGAAGAGUAGAUGCAAUACAAAAUGGAAAUGUCAUAUUCACUUUGCUCGCUUCAUUUCAGAAAGACGAAAACGGGUGCGAACACCAGGAAGUUACAAUGCCAUCUGUUCCAUCUCCAGAAACGCUUCUAACAAUGGAAGAGUUGCGAGAGAGGCGUCUUCAUCUUCCUCCUUUUCCCAGGGACCAUCGGGAGAAUCUCGAUUCUUACGUUCCUUGGCCUGUAGAUAUAAAGUUUUGUGUGAAAGCUGACAGUAGCCAAACUAAAGCACCACCAAGUAUGAGGUACUGGUUUAAGGUAAAAGGAAAGCUUUCAGAUGACCUGGCUUUGCAUAGAUGUGUGGUUGCUUAUACUUCAGAUCUUAUAUUCAGUGCAAUAAGCUUAAAUCCACAUUAUGAAAACGGUGUGAAGACAUUAGCACUCAGUUUGGACCACUCGAUGUGGUUUCACCGGUCAUUUAGAGCUGAUGAAUGGAUACUAUAUGUGAUUGAAAGUCCGUGUGCGGCUAGUGGGCGUGGAUAUGCUUCUGCACAUAUGUUUAAUAAAAAAGGAGAGAGGCUCUAACCAGGAAAAUUCGAGCACCGCGUCCAAUUGCCCAAUCAAAUCUGUAAAUAUCUUAAAUUGGGUAAGAUAUCUCUUCUUCUGGCUGAUUAGUGAAUUUUCAUGCAUCACACCGUGUGAGUUUUUGUCUUAGAAUGAAAAUCAGAGGUUGUAGCUACAUUUGUCACACCACACCGGAAUAAAAAAGACGCCAUCCAUCUUAAUUUAAGAUUGUUUGUGAAUUGACUUGUUAACAGAAGUAUAAAUACAACUAGAAGCCUGACAUUUGGCUGCAACUGAGGCAACUGACUUGGCCUGCCGUUGAAUUUUAAAUAUAGAGACAAAAGCUUCUGUCCCAGACUAUGCUUGCAGCCAUUUUGUUGCUCCCUAUAAGAAUAAGAAGCUAAAGUUCAGCUUGUCUGGGGUGAACCAUUUUUUUUUUCUUUUUUUACCGUCUCCUUCAAGUUUUAAACUGAUUAUCCUGAAAUUUUUACUGCCUGACAUUCAACCAUUUUGUGUGAAUAAUUCUUUGGUAUGAUUAAUACUCAAAUUAUUGUGCACAGCCAUCUCUGAGUUUUGGCCUGUUCUUACUUUA